AUGUCUAGUCAGCGUCUUGUCCUAGGCCUCCCACGUGUCUUGCCGUCGCUGCCGCCUUCGCUUGCGCCGCCGUGUCGUCCCUGCGUCGAGGGUAGGCUGCGCGCCACCCCUCACUCCUCCCCCCUUCGUCCGGCCACCGAGCCUUUUGAGACGCUUCACUUGGACGUCUGGGGCCCUGCCCCUCGUCUAGGCCCUGAGCGUGAGCGUUACUUUCUAGUGGUCGUUGACGACUUCUCCCGCUACACCACAGUGUUCCCUCUGGCGAAGAAGUCUGAGGUGACUUCUACGCUGAUCAGGUGGUUGCUCACCACCGAGGACACUCGUGGUCGUCGUGUCAGCUGUCUCCACUCCGACCGUGGGGGUGAGUUUCGCUCCGGCAUUCUCGCUGGAUUCUGUCGCGAGCAGGGCAUUCGUCAGUCCUGGACGCUUCCAGAGUCCCCACAGCAGAAUGGGGUUGCUAAGCGCCGCAUAGGCCUGGUCAUGGAGAUCGCCCGCACCUCCCUGACUCACGCGUGUGCCCCCCAUUUUCUGUGGCCCUUCGCGGUCAGGUACGACGCGCACCAGCUGAACCUCUGGCCACGUGUCUCUCGACCAGAGGUUUCACCGACCAGUCUUUGGACAGGGUCCCCUGGUGUUGCGUCGCGGUUUCGUGUCUGGGGGUGCUUGGCUCUUGUCCGCGACACCUCCGCGGACAAGCUCUCGCCUCGUGCCGUCCCCUGUGUCUUCCUUGGUUUCCCUGAGGACUCCUCUGACUUCACCUUUUACCACCCUCCCUCUCACCGGUUCUUUGACUCCCGUGACGUCCGUUUCGAGGAGUCCACUCCGUACUACGUCAGGUGUGUCCCACGCUACCCCUCCUCCUUCGGUAGCCCCUCCGGUACAGCCUCCCUCCCCACAGUCCUCCUCGCAGCGUGCCGCUGGUGCUAG